ACCGAGCCGAGUGGAACGAGGACGCAGAACAUCCCAGAGCCCGGCAUCAGCAUGUUUCCAUCCCUAGGGCAAGGCCAUGCAGCUAGGCCCAGCCCUGGUGCUGGGGGUGGCCGUGUGCCUGGGGUAUGGCCGGCCCCUGCUGCAGGCUCCCGAGCGCCCUUUCUCUGUGCUGUGGAACGUCCCCUCAGCACGUUGCGAGGCCCGCUUUGGUGUGUGCCUGCCACUCAGUGCCCUGGGCAUCCGAGCCAACCGUGGCCAGCGUUUCCAUGGCCAGAACAUCACCAUCUUCUACAAGAAUCAGCUCGGCCUCUACCCCUACCUCGGACCCAUGGGCACAGAGCACCAUGGAGGUAUCCCCCAAGCUGUGCACCUUGACCGCCACCUGGCACGGGCUGCCAGCCAGAUCCGCCACAGCCUGGGACCCAACUUCGCUGGCCUGGCCGUGCUGGACUGGGAGGAGUGGUUUCCGCUCUGGGCUGGGAACUGGGGCCGCCGCCGAGCCUACUGGGCAGCCUCCUGGGCUUGGGCACAGCGGGCAUUCCCCAAGCUGGCCCCUCAGGAACAGCUGCACAAGGCCCGAACUGGCUUUGAGCAGGCAGGCCGUGCCCUGAUGGAGGACACACUUCGGCUAGGUCAGGCCCUGCGGCCCCAUGGGCUCUGGGGCUUCUACCGUUACCCGGCCUGUGGCAAUGGCUGGCAUGGGAAGGCUUCCAUCUGCACGGGCCGCUGCCACGCAGCCACCCUGGCCCGCAACACCCAGCUGCAUUGGCUGUGGGCCGCCUCCAGCGCCCUCUUCCCCAGCAUCUACCUCCCACCCAGGCUGCCGCGUGUCCACCACCAGGCCUUUGUCCAGCACCGCCUGGAGGAGGCCUUCCGUGUUGCCCUGGCUGGGCACCCACACCCCCUGCCCGUCCUGGCCUAUGUCCGCCUCACACACCAGCGCUCUGGGAAGUUCUUGUCCCAGGACGAGCUUGUGCAGACCAUUGGUGUGAGCGCAGCACUGGGCGCGGCCGGCGUGGUGCUCUGGGGGGACCUGAGCUUCUCCAGCUCUGAGAGGAAGUGCUGGCGUCUCCAUGACUACUUGGUGGGCACCCUGGGCCCCUAUGUGCUCAAUGUGACCAGGGCCGCCAUGGCCUGCAGUCACCAGCAGUGCCAAGGCCAUGGACGCUGUGCCCGGCGAGAUCCAGGACAGGCGGAAGCCUUUCUGCACCUGCGGCCAGAUGGCAGCCCCGGAGCUUGGGAGUCCUUCCGCUGCCGCUGUUACCAGGGCUGGACUGGCCCCACCUGCCAGGAGCCCAAGCGUCCACCUAAGGAAGCAGCUUAAAGCCAGGUGUCCCCGCACCUGCCUCUUCUUGUCCCUGCUGCCAUUUUCCUAGUCCUGGGGGGACUUUGUCCUGCCCUUGCCCUAUUCAGCUUAUGCUCUGCACUCCCAAGCACACACCUCACUUCUCUUGAGAU